GAGGCGGCAGUCGUGUUGCUAGGAGUUAGUUUCAGACGGUGUUCAGUGCUACACGGAGUGCGCCGUACGAUGUGGUUUGCUUUGUGAAAUUCAUUAGAGAUAAAGGUGAUAGCGGGCUGAUAAGUCAGUCGAUAGUGUGGCUCAGCUCCGACGGUUUAGUGGCCAAAGUGUUUAUUAUAAGAUAAUACAAAUGCUAUUAAAGCGAUAAACCACAGAUAAUUGUUUUCAGCACACAAAAGUUGCAAAGUGUUAAACAAAAACGCGUCAUUCGUACAGAAUUUCCAAUGGUUCGAGCGCUGUCGCCGGAGUUGGCUAAAAUAGCCAAAGAUGAGCUCAACGAAAACCCGAAGCAAAUUGCAAACGACCUGCAGAGCAUAAAGGAAUGGAUCUCCAAACAACCUCACUUGAUAGCGAGGACAGACGAUCAAUGGCUCCUUGCCAUACUCCGAGGCUGCAAAUUCAGUUUGGAGCGUGUGAAGGUGAAGUUGGAUUUGUUCUACACUCUACGUACCACGGCCCCGGAAAUAACGCUCAGACUCAAACCCACUCGACCUGAAUUUCUACAGUUCCUGAAACUUGGAACAUGUCUGAUUCUGCCGCAGUCUGCGAGCUCUCUACACCCAUCCGUGAUCAUGAUCAGGCCCGGCCUUUACGACCCGGACAAGAACAACGUGGCCGAUGUCAUGUGCAUCUUGUAUUAUUUAGUACAAAUUCUAGUGAUGGAAUGCGAUAACGCGACAGUGUUGGGGACUAAGAUCGUGGUGGACUACCAGGGCUGCACCAUGAACCACCUGACGCAGGCCAACCCCGCCACACUCAAGAAACUGGUGGCAGUCAGCCAAGAUUCCUUGCCACUACGAUUGAAAGGAAGCCACCACCUGAAUGUACCAUCUGGAAUAGAAAUUGUGUUCAAACUUAUAUCGGGAUUCCUGAAUCAAAAAGCAAAAGAUCGGUUAAAAAUACACAAAACAAGCGAUGAGCUUCUACAACAUUUGCCAAAAGAAAUUGUUCCUGUCGAGUACGGCGGAACAGGCAAGAGCAUUCCAGAGAUAUUAGAAUAUUGGGCUCAGAAGGUAACCCAGCACAGAGCUUGGCUAGAAGAGGAGAUGCGUUAUGGAACUGAUGAGAGCAAACGACAAGGCAGCAUGCCCGGAGCCGCCCUCGCCGAUCAAGGAUCAUUCAGGACUUUGGAUAUAGAUUAGCUCAAUGUACAAUUAUUAUGAUUAAUAUAAGUGUUGCUUGUGACACAAA